GCAACGGCGAGCACGCAUUGCCUCGUGGCCCACCGACCGCUGCCUGCCUGCUUGCCCGCCUACUUUCCGCUGCCAUGAUCCGCUUCUCGGCAGCACACUAAUCUUGCGCGCCAUAGACCUUUCCCUGCUGCUACUCCUCCCACCGUCUUCUUCGACACGCCCGGCGCGGCACUCUACGCUGCACUUGAGACACGACACGAUCUUCGACUGCGUGCUGCGCGACGCAUGCCCAAUGCGCCACAUUCAGGCCCCGAGUCCUCCUGCAUCCAUAGCCCUUCCUGCCACCGCGCACCAUGUCGCCGUCCACGGGCAUCGCUGUCUCCCAGCUGAAGCAGCUGAUCUACUACCAACUCGAUAAUGACCUCCUCGACAACGCAAAUUUCCUCGCCGGGCGCCUGCAUGCUCUCGAGCCACGGAACCCCGAUGCCGCGCAUCUACUCGCUUUGACCUACUACCGCUCCUGCCGCUACAAGGCAGCCUUCGACUUUGCGACCAAGUUUGGUUCCACUGGUCGCCACUUGGGAUGCGCCUAUGUAUUCGCGCAGUCUUCAUUACAUCUGGGACGCUAUUCGGAAGGUGUGACUGCCCUCGAGAAGUCACGCGCACAAUGGGCAGGGAGAAAUGAUUGGCAAAAACACUCGGAGACCUCACGGCGGCACACACCAGACGCGCCUGCUGUGCUGACCCUCUUGGGACAUUUACAUCGAGCGAACGCGAAUUAUGUGAAGGCGGGUGAUGCGUACCUGGAGGCGCACAAGCUGAACGCUUUCACCUGGGAUGCGUUCGACGGCCUUUGCAAAAUCGGCGCAGAUCUCAAGACAGAGAACAUGUUUAAGGCCGCAGGAGACCUUCCUGGGACUUCUGAAGGGUCCGAAGGUCCAACUAUCUACGUGGACAAAGACUCGCGGCUACCGCUUGCUUCUCAGCCCAGCUUCCCCGUGGGCAGUUUUAUGGAUGAUCCAUUCGUACUUGGGAGCAGGAUAGGAUCUGAGGAUGCGCUUGGGAGGAUCAAGGGCAAGCUGACGGCAGGAAAUGCAGUACGGCCAGCACUUUCGGAAUGGGACACGCCAACCGGUAAUAUCGUGAUGGCGGAUGAUGACUUCCCUACUGAGGAGAGCGACGUGUUUGUGGAUCCUCCAGCAGCACCUGUGAGGCGUCCGCGGCUAGGACAGCAGUUCGAGGAUCGCGCUCGGCCGUCACAGCGAGCGGGUGCUGUUUCCCAGGAACCUGCGGAAGACAUUCAGCAAGCUCCUCGCAAGCCAAGUGCUGGCGGGCAAAAGCGCACGGCAUCUGGCGCCCCGCCACCGUCCACCACAGAUUCUGGUCCGCCGAGAAGGAGCAAUCGGCUGUUUACGCAGGCUACUUCGACCAGGACCACCCGUUCUACGGCAGACACUGCAUCCACAGCUGCCGCGCGAGCUGAUAGGGCGUCUCGCACCGCGAAAGCAGCCACUGGCACCAAAGGUAGGACCGGUCCACAGGUUGGUCGCGUCGUUAGUGGCAACAGAAAGAUUAUGCCUGCGGAUGAUCGAGAAAAGGAGAAGGAGAAGCGCACGCUCAGCAGGGCUAUGGACUGGGGCGCCGUUGUGCCCUCAGCUCCGUCUGCUGUGGUACAGCUGAAGCUACCGCCUGCGCCGUCAGAAGAAGAUUUGAAAGCCGAGCGGCGGGCCAUGUCUUCCUUGCUUGACAAUUUCCGGCAGCUGGCGGUAGGCUACCAGGGAGCGGCUACCUUUCAGCUGGAGAACGCGGUCAUGGCAUUUCGCUCUCUCCCUUCUGCGCAGCGCGAAACUCCGUGGGUGCUGGCACAGCUAGGGAAGGCUUAUCACGAACAACAGGACUACAAGGCUGCUGAAGAAUGCUUCGCGAAGUUGAUCAAGAUGCAGCCUUCACGCAUUGAAGAUAUGGAGAUUUACUCCACCGUACUCUGGCACCUGAAGAAGGAAACAGCUUUGGCCAUGCUGUGCCGCGUUUUGCGCGACAAUCAUUUCGAUGCACCGCAGACGUGGGUGGCUGUCGGCAAUGCCUUUUCUCUUGCUCGCGAGCAUGAUCAGGCCAUUAGCGCUUUCAAACGUGCAACGCAGCUUGACGAGAGCUUCACCUAUGCUUGGACGCUGAUGGGCCACGAAUAUAUCGCCAAUGAGGCCUUCGACUCCGCUGUCACCGCUUUCAGACGCGCUGUCGCAAUCGACUUCCGGCACUACAACGGUUGGUACGGCCUUGGGAAGUGCUUCGAGCGCAUGGGCAAGAAUGAGGACGCAGAAAUCCACUACAGGAAAGCUGCUGCUAUCAACCCCACGAACAGUACUUUACUGGUCUGUAUUGGUGUCGUGUUGGAACGUAUGCGGAACAAGAAGGGUGCGUUGGCCAACUAUACCAAGGCACUGGAACUCGCUCCUUCUUCUGCCCUUGCGAGAUUCAAGAAGGCGCGAGUUUUGAUGCACAUGAAGUAUUACUCGCAGGCCCUGGACGAGCUGGAAAUCUUGCGUGAUCAGGCGCCUGACGAGGCGAAUGUGUGGUUCUUGCUUGGCAAGUGCUACAAGGGUCUGCAGGAGAAGGGCGAGGCUUUGCGUGCUUUCACGACCGCGCUGAAUCUUGAUGUGAAGGCCGCACCGUUCAUCAAAGAAGCCAUGGAAGCUCUUGACCAGGACGAGGACGAUGACAGUGAUGAUGAUUGAGCGAAGACCUUUUCAAUGGUCUCUGCUGGCGUUUCAAUUGGUCGGGGUCAUGGGAAGCGGAUAGCAAAAGCGAGCAUGUUCUUGGAUCAGGAAGGACGCUGCCAAGAAAAUCGACGCUCUGGUACCAGAGCGUCAAUUUUCUCGGCAUUUUGAGGUGAUCUUUAUUGGAGGCUCUAGGGCGGGAUUCCUGUUCCUGGUAAAACUCAAGAAGCAAGGCGUUCAGGUGGGGUUUGCAAUGGCCUCGUACGCGAGGUCGGUCGGUGGGUUGCAUCUGGGCAUUGCAUAGUAGACUGGCGUUCGGGUGUGGUGCAUUUGUUGCAUUCAGCGGGGGCGGGUUGAGCAUAGUACCGCCAGUCAGUCAUGAGUAGUACCUGACUGCUAUGAAAUUGUUGUGUUUUCUCGUUCAACGGCGGCGAUCUCCCGU